GUGGUUGUGCCACGCAGUUUUGUGCUGCUAGCAGAGUUAGAAAAAGGCCAAUGCCCGACAGACUUCUCCUCAGUGAGUUGGGGUCUGGAACAGGCUGAGGACAUCAACAUGACAAACUGGACUGGAAUGAUAAUCGGACCUCCUAAAUCACCAUAUGAGAACAGAAUCUACAAUCUAAAGAUUAUAUGUGGUGAAAAUUAUCCAGAAAUGCCACCAAAAGCGAUGUUUCAGACCAGAAUUAACAUGAAGGGUGUAGACAGUCAAGGCAAUGUAGAUUUCAAGUAUUUCUCUUCACUAGCCAAUUGGCAAAGAAAAUAUAGUAUACAAUACAUAUUAACAGAAUUACGUCGUGCUAUGUCUACAAGAGAGAACAGUAAAUUGUCACAACCGCCUGACUCUAUGUACAAUCACUGAGAGGGUCAACGAAUGUGGACAAAAAUGUGAAGGUCGGACAAAAAUGUGGAUUUUGAAUACGAUGGUAUUGCUUGCUGAAAAUGAUUCGAGAUAUGGUCUUGCAUAGUACUAUAUGUCAAGAUCUGGAUUAUGAUGUAAUACCAUAUUAUAAAAUAUGGUUUAUGCAU